AAACGAUCCGAUCCAAAAUUCUUAGAUCCGAGAAGAUGUCUACGUUCAGCGGCGAUGAAACUGCUCCCUUCUUCGGCUUCCUCGGCGCCGCCGCCGCUCUCGUCUUCUCCUGUAUGGGAGCUGCUUAUGGGACUGCAAAGAGUGGUGUUGGUGUGGCUUCAAUGGGAGUGAUGAGACCUGAGUUGGUGAUGAAGUCUAUUGUUCCUGUUGUUAUGGCUGGUGUUUUGGGUAUUUAUGGACUUAUUAUUGCUGUUAUCAUCAGUACCGGUAUUAAUCCUAAGGCUAAGUCUUAUUACCUAUUUGACGGAUACGCUCACCUUUCGUCUGGUCUUGCUUGUGGUCUUGCUGGGCUAUCAGCUGGUAUGGCUAUUGGAAUUGUCGGAGAUGCGGGCGUUAGGGCAAAUGCGCAGCAGCCUAAGCUCUUUGUUGGGAUGAUUCUUAUUCUUAUCUUUGCGGAAGCACUUGCUUUAUACGGUCUUAUUGUAGGCAUCAUCUUAUCUUCUCGAGCUGGUCAGUCGAGAGCAGAAUGAGAGCACAAACAAAUGUUAAAAUUUCCAGGUACUUCCUUAUCGUUCAACUUAUGUGUGCGGUAUGUAGUAUCGGGAGCCGAUAUUUUGUGGAUUCUUGGAACUUGGUUUGGGAAGCAGAUCUGCCACCUCUCUUUCCUCGGUCGGUGGUUGCUUGAGUGUAGGAUGUUAUUUUGUUUGGUUCGGUAAUAAAAAAGAGCUUGGCAUUUGUUUUGUAUUCUUGUAUUGUUCGCAUUUGUCUUGAUGAACUUGAUAAUAUUUUGUUUGUAAAGAAGUUUGCUUCUGAUGAUACCAUCUUUGAAUGUUAUGAGAUUAAUCUUUGGUGUCUUCCUAUUUGGUUUUAAGAUAGCUUUUACACUAAACAAAACAUUAUAUU